AGUGGAGAUCUAUACAGAUGAAUGCUUGAAACAGUACGCGUGAAACAUUUUAAGAUAUUGCUAUAAAACCAUUCGUUUUCACAUAAAGUUCCUUUAAAUUCCAGAUGCGUAGAAGAUAUCAAACAAUCCUUGAAAUGGUACUUAUUUGCAGAACUCUUGGUGAAAUCUUAUCACAUAACAGUUUCGCUUCUGAACGUGAUACACGCAACCAAUAAGGGAGAUAUUGUUUUCUACCUUUCCUGUGUCAUGGUGCUACUACUUCAAGUUAUGAUGGUUUACUAUAAUGCUAACGAGUUAUCAUUACAAAGCACAAAUUUGAGCCUGCAGAUAUUCAAAAGUAACUGGUACGACCAAUGUCCUGAAAUAGUGAGAAGUCUUUCGAUUGUGAUGGCCAGAGUGCAAAGACCACUUGUACUUAUCAUCGGCGAUUUUCGAGUGAUCGACAAUGAACUGAUCGUGAACAUGAUCAAAGCUGCUUAUACGUUUUUAUUGUAUCAGGAGAUUUAGAAGUUUUCAAGGGAUGUGGAAGUUUCCUCCUGAUGACUUUUCAUCAAAUUAGUUUUACGCUUUUUGCAAUGU